UUCUCCUUUUUUCUCCUCUUUCCUCUCUUUGAAAUACGCACGCACGAUCAAAGCUAUCUCUGUUCUCUUUCUUCUCUUUCCCACUUGGUGAUUAUGACUCUCUCUCUUUCUCUCGAUUCUAACUCUAGAUGAUGUGGUUAUUGUAGUUGACAUUCACUCAUCGAUGAGCUAUGAUACAACAAAUCCAGAUCUCGAACUCAACUCAUCCAUUGUCUUAGAAUCACAAAGUCUCUCAGGUCAUGGCUUCGACUCAACAAAGGUUGAUUACGGCUGCUGAUGAAGGAGACAUCAAUGGCUUGUACGUGUGCAUAAGAGAAGACCCACAUAUUUUGGAUAAAAUAGAUGACAUUCCUUUUGUUGAUACUCCUUUACACAGAGCCGCCGCUGCUGGAAGUACCGAUUUCGCCUCAGAAAUGAUGAACUUAAAGCCAUCAUUUGGUAUGAAGCUGAACCCAGGUGGGCUAAGUCCCUUGCACUUGGCUUUGCGAAAUCGGCACUUUGAGACUGUGAGACAGCUCAUAAGUUUUGACAAGGAGCUCAUACGCGUCAAAGGAAGGCAGAGCUACACUGCUUUGCACUACGUAGCCCUACGAAAUGAAUUUGAUUGGUUGGCUGAAUUUUUAUGUGCUUGUCCGGCAGCAAUAGAGGACCGGACAAUUCGAGGUGAGACUGCAUUGCAUAUUGCUGUGAGAAGAUCGAAUUCAGAAGCUUUUGAAGUGCUGUUAGGAUGGAUGCGCAGAACCCAUAGACGAAAGAUCCUAAACUGGACGGAUAAUGAAGGCAACACCGUGCUGCAUAUUGCAGUGUUCACUUUACAACCCCAGAUUGUGAAGUCAAUACUUGACCAAAACUACAUUAACAGAAAUGCAGAGAAUUUCGAGGGUUUGACGGCCAGAGACUUCGCUAUUGAACUUGGUGAAAGUGAAGCGAGAAGAGAAAUUCUUGAUAUGUUAUUCCCAGAAUUUUUACAUGGUGCUAAUAUUAAUAAUACGUAUAGUCUGGGUGAUUUUUUAAAGUCGGGUGAUGGUGUUUUGGAAGGAAUAUGCGGAUGGAUUUUUAGAAUGCGAAGUGGUUUGUCAUUGGGGGAUCCAUUUCUCAGUUUGGUACGACUAGUAUUGAGUGUUUUGGAAGUUAUACAUGGAUGGAUUGCUAGAUUGGGACGAAGUAUGAAAUCCGCAAUUUACAAACGCCCACUCAUACCAAAUUUACUACUGGUAAUCUGCAUGUUCCCAGUUCUAAUCAAGAAUUUUAACACCAUCACGUCCACUUUCGGACUUAGCCUUCCAAGCAGAGUCCUUGAUAACAAUCAUAAUCUUCCUAUUUCCAACACCACUGCUUACAACAUCUCGAGUUCAAGUCACACUUUAGGGUCACUGGAGGUUUGUCCGGUCGUUAACUUCAGUCAUACCUUAGAGUCACUGGAGGUUUGCCCGGUUGUUAAUUUCAGAGCUCCAAGAUUAGUUGAGGUGAUCGAAAGCUGGCUCGGACCCUCGGAUAUCAAAAAGAAAAACACCUCUAAUGGAGAAGCUGUUACAUUCGGAAACAACUUCUCAUUAUUAUUUCAUAAUGAAGUUGCAUUCCGCGUUGCGUUGUUAAUCAUGAUGUCUUUAAUUUUCAGACCAAGUAUUGUCUUCCUAUACUGUUUGACGACUAUCUUGAAGAUAUCAAAUGACUACAUAUCAACAUCAUUCUCAGCCGGUGACAUUAUUGACAGACUACCCCUUUCGGCACUUUUGGCUUGUGUAUUUAGUUUCUUUGUCAGUUCAUACUGGAAUGAAAUGAUAGACCUGCCAUCCCAUCGGAUGAAACGCUUUCAGAUGUUGCAACGUUUGUUUGAUGAAUUAAAUUAAAAAAAAUUCAUUGCAUCUGUGGCAAAAUCAGGUGAGCCGAAGAAUAUAUAUGGGAGUGGUGGUCCAUAGAUUCUUCAACAAGCGUUCAUCUCUGAUCAUAAGUUGCUGCUGCCUGUAAUUGUCUCCUGUAGAUUACCAUAUGUCUUUUUUAUGAAUUGAGUUCUCCGCCUCUCCUUAUUGUUGGUUUAUCAUUAUCCUCUUUGUAUUUUGAUAUUUUUAUCAAUAAAGUUUGUUUUUGUUGAUAAAAAAAUUGAACUCUCAAUUUGUGCUUCA